GAAGCGGGACAGGAACGGGACAAGAACCGGGCGGAAGCGGGGCAGGAACGGGACAGGAACCGGGCGGAAGCGAGACAAGAACCGGGCGGAAGCGGGGCAGGAACGGGACAGGAACCGGGCGGAAGCGGGGCCGGAAGCCGCGAGGAAGCGGGAGCAGGAACCGGGCGAACGCGGGGCCGGAGCCGGGCGGAAGUGGGGCAGCGGCGCCUCGGGACGGAGCGGGACCCAUGGAGGAUCCCGGCCCCGAGCCUGACCCCGGCCCGGGCCCGGCCGCCGAGAGCCCGGCGGAGCUGAGCCCCCCGGGGCUGGAAGGGGACACUCACCGCGGUGCCUACACCGCCUUCAUGAAAUCCCAUCGCUGCUACGACCUGAUCCCCACCAGCUCCAAACUGGUCGUCUUCGACACAUCCCUGCAGGUGAAGAAGGCGUUCUUCGCGCUGGUCACCAACGGUGUCCGGGCAGCCCCGCUCUGGGACAGCAAAAAGCAAAGUUUUGUAGGUGAGCGAGGGGUCAGGGGGUCUCUGGGGGUUGAGGGGGGCUGGCAGGACCCUCCUCACCCUGCCUGCCCCCCAGGAAUGCUGACCAUCACCGACUUCAUCAACAUCCUGCACCGCUACUACAAAUCCCCCAUGGUGCAGAUCUAUGAGCUGGAGGAACAUAAAAUAGAGACGUGGAGAGAGGUUUAUCUGCAAGACUCCUUCAAGCCACUGGUCUGCAUUUCCCCCAAUGCCAGCCUGUUUGACGCCGUCUCCUCCCUGAUCCGGAACAAGAUCCAUCGCCUGCCCGUCAUCGACCCCGACUCAGGGAACACGCUCUACAUCCUCACCCACAAACGCAUCCUCAAGUUCCUCAAGCUCUUUAUCGCAGAGGUGCCCAAGCCCGAGUUCAUGUCACGGACGUUGGAGGAGCUGCAGAUUGGCACCUACAGCAACAUCGCCGUGGUUGGCACCAGCACCCCCAUCUACGUGGCCCUGGGCAUCUUCGUGCAGCACCGCGUCUCCGCGCUGCCCGUGGUCGACGACUCGGGGCGCGUGGUGGACAUCUACUCCAAAUUCGACGUUAUUAACCUGGCAGCUGAAAAGACCUACAACAACCUGGACGUGACGGUGACGCGGGCGCUGCAGCACCGCUCCCACUACUUCGAGGGCGUCCUCAAGUGUUACAAGCACGAGACGCUGGAAACCAUCAUCAACCGCCUGGUCGAGGCCGAGGUCCACCGGCUGGUGGUGGUGGAUGAGAGCGAUGUGGUUAAAGGGAUCGUCUCCCUCUCGGACAUCCUGCAAGCCCUGGUCCUCCCACAGGGCCCCUGAGGCAGUGAGGGAGGGGGUUCAGUCCUCCCAAGCCCCCCCCUCACUCUCUUCUCCUGUAACACUGUGCCCCCCCGGGCUGGUGGGGAUACCCCGGGGGAUGCCCCCACUCACCAGCAGCAUCCAGCAAUAAACCCCCAGCCCUGGGGCAGCCCCUGCUGCCCAUCCCUGGGUGGGGGGAGCCCGCAGCCCCCCCAUGCCGUGCCCUGCACCCCAAAGCCGUGAGGGUGAUGGGGGCAACCCUCAAACUCCCUGGGGUGCCGGGCCAGGGUCACCCAUAGCCACGCCAGGGCUGUUCCUGUGUGGCCUCUCGUGUCCCUGUCACCCUGCACCCUCUCCCUGGGUUUGGUGAAACCCACUCAGCUCCACCCGGCCUGGGGACCCCCCCACGCCCCCGGGGGUUUCCCCUGAGGUUCCCCCGGCUGUGCCCGCACCCGCCACCGCUUCGUGUGUGAAGAGAAACCACGAAUAAACACAGACCUGGCACCA